AUGAAUAAUUUCCAGACAAAGUAUCAAAUUGUUAGUAAAAUAGGAGAAGGGACAUUUUCAGAUGUGAUAAAAUGCGUGGAAAAAGGUUCCGGGAAAGAAUUUGCUGCAAAACGUUUAAAAAGAAUUUGCCGAACUUCUUUUUCUGAAGAAAAAUCCAAAAUUCUCAUGUUUCAAAUGAUCUCUGGUAUAGACCACAUUCAUAAAAGUGGAUUUUUCCACAGGGAUAUAAAACCUGAAAAUAUUUUAAUAAGGUUUAUAAAUGAGGGCGAAAAUUUGAAGGUGGCAGAUUUGGGAUCGAUUCGAGGCACCUACAGUGUACAUCCUUACACAGAAUACAUAUCCACCAGAUGGUACAGAUCUCCAGAAUGUCUGUUGACCGUCGGGCAUUACACGUCGAAAAUGGACAUCUGGGCAGCAGCUUGCGUUUUUUACGAAAUGCUGACUUUCAAACCACUUUUUCCAGGAGCAAAUGAAAUCGACCAAUUGGCAAAAAUACACAAGGUUUUGGGAGUUCCAAAUGCUAAUACGUUGAACAAGCUAAAGCCAAAGUUGUGGAUUGAUAGUUAA